UUUGUUGCGAGUUCGCUAUCACGACCAGACAGCCGCCUUAAACUGCGCAAACAGUUCGCCGAGCUCUCGCAGUCUCGACUCGUUCGCGCCGCGGGCUCGAGGGAGGCGGUUGUAAUCAUUAUAAUAAAAUAUAUAAUCGCUUGCAAAAAAAAGUUAUUAAAAACUUAUCUAUUUAGUUGAAUAAUAAAGUGUCGCGAUGACCCCGCCGGCGUGGUCGGACGCGGAGGAAGGCGCGUCGCUGUCGGGCAGCCGGGGCGGCGGGCGCGGCGGGCGCUGGCGGCGGCGGCUGGCGCGGCGGCUGCCCGUGCUGCGCUGGGCGCGCCGCUACGACCGGCUGGCGGCCGCCGCCGACCUCGUGGCCGGCGUCACGCUCGGCCUGAUGCUGGUGCCGCAGAGCAUCGCCUACGCCGCGCUGGCCGAGCGCCCCGUCCAGUACGGCCUCUACUCCUCUUUCAUGGGCACGAUGCUGUACACGUGCCUGGGCACGGUGAAGGAGGUGUCGAUCGGGCCCACCAGCCUCAUGGCGCUGCUGACGCUGCAGACCUGCCGCGCCCUGCCCGUGCAGUACAUGGUGCUGCUGACCUUCCUCUCCGGCUGCGUCGUCAUGCUCAUGGCCUUGCUGCGGCUUGGUGGGCUGGUGGAGCUGAUCUCGCCGAGCGUGACGAGCGGGUUCACGUCGGCGACGGCGGUGAUCAUCGCGGUGUCGCAGCUCAAGGGGCUGCUCGGGCUGCGCUUCCACGCGGAGUCGCUGUGGGAGAACGCGGCCGCCAUCUGGGCGCGCCGCCGCCAGCUCAGCUACCCGGACCUCGCGCUCGGCCUGCUUUGCUGCGCCGCGCUGCUUCUGCUCAGGAAACUGAAGGACGUGAAGGUGAGCGAGAAGCGCGCGGCGCUGCGCAGGAGUCUGUGGUUGGUGUCGAUCGCGCGCAACGCGCUCGUGGUGCUCGCCGCCUCCGUGUUCGCGUACGUGCGGCCUGUCGUGCGGCUCUCUGGAGUGGUGGAGCCCGGGCUGCCGGCGCUGCGGCUGCCGGCCUUCAGCGUGAGCGCGGGGAACGCCACCGCGGGCUUCGGCGACAUGGUGCGCGAGCUGGGCGCCGGCGUGCUCAUGGUGCCCGUGGUCAUGGUGCUCGCCAACAUCGCCAUCGCCAAGGCUUUCACGGCUGGCGGCCGGGUGGACGCCUCGCAGGAGAUGCUGACGCUGGGGCUGUGCAACGUGGCGGGCUCGCUGGUGGGGGCCAUGCCCAGCUGCGGCGCCUUCACGCGCUCCGCCGUGUCGCACUCGUCCGGCGUGCGCUCGCCCGCCGCCGGCCUCUACGCCGGCGUGAUCACGCUGCUGGCGCUAGCGUUCAUGACGGAGUGGUUCUGCUACAUCCCCACCGCCUGCCUCUCCGCCGUGCUCAUCUGCGCAGUCAUCUUCAUGAUCGACUUGGGCACAGUUAAAACGUUGUGGCGCGAGAGUAAGUCGGAGCUGGUGGUGUUGAGCGUGACUUUCGUGGUGGGGGUCACCAGAGCGGUGGAGCUGAGCGUGCUGGCGGGCACGCUGACCAGCCUGGCGCUGCUGGUGCGGGCGCUGGCGCGGGCGCCCGUCGCCGUCAGCGUGGACAAGGGCGGCGCGGUGGUGGUGACGCCGCCGGGCGCGCUGCUGUACGUGAACGCGGAGCGCGUGUGUGCGCGCGCGCAGGCGGCCGCCCGCCGCGGCGCGCCGCUGCGGCUCGACUGCCGCCGCGUGGCGCUGCUGGACCACACCGGCGCACAGGCAUUGCACCGGCUGAGAGCGACGCUGUCGGCGCGCGGGCAGCAGCUGGUGGUGGAGGGCGCGCGGGGGGAGGUGGCGCGGCGGCUGGCCCCCCGCCACCCCCGCCACUCCGACACCGCCGACAUUUCCGACGCAGAUAAAUGAGUUCCGUUCACAUUACACAUUUGCGGAGUAAAACCAUUAAUUGGUCGUCACUAGAUGUUUCAGUGUCGAUGCCUAACAUUAAUUACCUAUAUAAAAUAUUUAGUUUGUAACUUUGUAAAUAGCAUAAUUUAAAAAGUAAAGUAAAUCUUUUUUAUUAUUA